GUAGUGAGACGGUGCAGAGUGGGACUAUAUUACAUCCAUUGACAACGAGACGGUCAGUGUACAAGUGGCCUUCUCUCCACUCGCUGACAAUGUUUGGGCAAGCCGGGGCCGUUGCCCUAUUAUCUACAAUCACGGCUUUCCACCUCAUCUCGGCUCAGCCGGGCUACAUCCUGACGUUACCACGUACACUGAGGGCUGGGGGAGAGGAGACGUUUUGUGUGACGUUGCACGACGUUGAUGACCCCGCCUUUGCCUUCACGCUGCGCCUGACACACAAGGAAACACAAGAAGAACAUGACUUUGAAUAUGAGAUCUCAGAAUCUUAUAGUCAGUGUCUGAAGUUCAAGGUUCCUACCCAGACGGGUGAAUAUGACGUUGUUCUCCGUAACGACACAUCCACCAUCGAGGCGACAGGAACGACAGAGGUUGAGGUGAAGACAGAGAAUUUCAUCACCCUGGUUCAGACGGAUAAACCUAUAUACAAACCUGGCCAGAGAGUGCAGUUCCGUGUUCUAACACUAACGAGGGAUCUCAAGACAAGGACUGGCGUGAUUCAGAGCAUCUUCAUAAAAACUCCGAACGACAUAAGAGUCAAACAAUGGCUGAAUGUUGAAUGUCAAGGAGUGACCAGCUUCAAGUACCCCAUGCCUGCAGAGCCCACGUUUGGGGAAUGGACUAUCGACGUCACCCUGGACGGUGAGACCACGUCCCAGCCCUUCCAGGUGCAAGAGUACGUGCUACCCCGGUUUGAUGUCCAGAUCACACCGCCACCCUUCCUGUUGUCCAACGCCUCCACCAUUGACGGCAAAGUCUGCGCCGAAUACACGUACGGCAAGCCAGUGAUGGGGUACGUGAGCCUGGAGGUGUGUCUCACCAGCUACCAGUCAACAGAACGCCCGUGCCACAGGGAAACCGUCAAGUUCGAUGGCUGCUACAAGUUCUCUGUCAACACCAGCGAGGUGGAGAUGGCCAAUAAAAAGUACUACUUGUAUGGUUCCAAGCUCCAGAUCAACGCCUCUGUUCGGGAAAUUAAUACAGCUGCCGUUGUCAACAAGACAAGCACCGGCCCGGCGGUUUCCUAUGACCCCCUUAAGAUCACGCUCGAAGACGACACAAAUGGGUUCUUUAAGCCAAUCUUCCCUUACCAUGGUCGCGCGGUGGUAACGACUCCCGACGGAAAGCCAGCACCUGGAGAGCUGAUCGAAGUGUCACUGGUGGACUACCGUAACGACAUACGUCUCUCCAACAACUACACCUCUGACAGUGACGGCAUCAUCCACUUCAGUGUGUGUGACAUCAUCACCGAGAAGACACAAGACUUCAGCAUUGAUGCGAAGGCAGUCCUAUACGCCGACGCGUCCACUUACUACGGGCUCUCCAACACCCUGUAUAUGCCCCGGGCAUACAAGACGGUGAAACAAUGGUACUCCCCCUCGCUCAGCUACAUCGCCAUUCCCCGCCAGAGCCGCACCGUGUCGUGUGGCGGAGAGCUGGAAGUGACCGUCCCGUACACCACCACCCUCAACACAUACACCAAGUUCUACUACCAGGUGAUGUCCCGUGGUCGAAUCCUGCAUACUGGACACAAAAUGCACCACUUCCUGAAGCACGACUCCACGGAGUUCCUGGAGGUUCCAAUGGCAUCGUGCCUCCAGAAGGUACCUGACCCGUCCCCGCCCCCAGAGAUUGGGGAGGGAGAUGCAGAGGAGGGCGGGGAUGAAGGUGCCCAGAAAGAAGGGGAGGCUAUCGAAAUUGUAGACCCUCCCGCGGAGAUGUCGGCGGGAGUAAUGCAGCAGGGUGGACUGUACCAGUCUCUGGGGGUGCGGAGGAAACGGGCACCUGUUAUCGCUGCGGAGAUGGCUGGUAAUGACCUGUCUGACGAGAUGGAAGGUGGUGAGGGUGGCGAGGAACCACCCGCCGGACCAACCGGACCCCCUCCGCCCCCUCCCCCCUCACGACACGUGUCCCACUUCACCCUCCGGGUACCGGUGACGGAGGAGAUGUCCCCAGAGGCUAGUCUGCUAAUCUACUACGUCCGGGACGACGGGGAGACCGUGGCCGACAGCAUCAACUUCGACGUAGAAGCGUGCUUUAAGAACAAGGUGAAAUUUGAUUUCCUGGAGAAGAAAGUCAUACCAGGAAGGGAGGCAACUCUUCGGCUACAAGCAGAACCGGGAUCACUCUGCUCGAUAGGAAUGAUUGACAAAAGUAUUAAUAUUCUUGGAGGAGACCACCAGUUGACACCUGAAAAGAUGUUCGAUAUACUAAAGAAAUACGGCAAUGGCGGGGAACAGUACCAUUACUAUAAGCGUGACAAAGAAUACUGUGAGCGAAAGGUGAACGAUGAGGAACGCACCCCGGAGCACGAAAUGUAUGGGGAAUGGUGGCACUACUCAUCACGAUACGUUGACGCCGUCGAAGCUUUCAGGCAAAUGGGGAUGGCAGUUGCGACGAAUAUGUUGCUGGAGACGCGGCCCUGUUCUAAGGAGUAUGCUGUGUUGUACGAGGAAGGCGGGCUGCCCGGCCCUGGGGGAGGACAGAGGGUGCUGCCACUCGGUAUUCCCCUCAGCGCAGCACAAAAAAAGAAACCUUCCGGCUCUGUUCUCCGAAGCUAUUUCCCCGAAACCUGGCUUUGGGAGCUGGAACAAGUGGGUGACACAGGAGAGUUGGAACUGAGGAAGACUACCCCUCACACGAUCACCCGCUGGGUCGGAAAUACCAUCUGCACCAGCCAGUCAGCGGGAGUUGGGGUGGCUCCAAUGACGUCAUUGACAACCUUCCAGCCAUUCUUCUUGAGUAUACAUCUCCCGUACGCUGCAGUCAGAGGGGAGAGGCUUCCACUCCAUGUUACUAUCUUCAACUACCUUGAGAAAUGUCUGUAUAUGCAGGUGAACGUGGAGACGGGCGACGACAUCACUCUGACAGUACGGGACCACCUCAAGCUUCCAUUCUGUCUCUGUGGGGGCAAGAGUAAGACACAGAGCUACUACAUCUCCGCGAAAGAAGUUGGAAAACUCCCAAUUGUUGCCAGGGCGGAAAUAGUCCCCGGGACAUGCGACAACAACAUAGAACCUGACACGGAAUACAUAGGCCUUUCUGAUGCUGUCAAGAGAGAGUUGUUUGUUAAGGUUGAGGGGGUGACACAAGAAUAUACCAAGAGUCUCUACAUCUGUCCGAAAGAUUCUGACGUAACGAGGGAAGAGGUGGAACUGCCCUUGCCUGAUGACAUUGUGAGGGACUCCGCUAGAGGCCAUGUAUCUGUCAUUGGUGACAUCAUGGGACCAGCGCUGAGUAACCUUGACAACCUGGUCCAACUUCCGACCGGAUGUGGCGAACAGACGAUGAUCAGCUUCUCCCCCAACAUCUACGUCCUCAAGUAUCUGACCUUCACCUCCCAGCUGACUGACGAGAUGAAACUUCUCUGUGAGAGAUACAUGGAAAUCGGCUACACCAGAGAACUGAACUACAGGCACGACGAUGGCUCCUUCAGUGCAUUUGGGAAGAGCGACGCCUCAGGCAGCACAUGGCUCACGGCCUUCGUCGUUAAGUCGUUCGCCCAGGCCCAGCGCUUCAUUUACAUCGACCAAACCAACCUGGCCACCAGUGUGUCCUUCCUCAAGUCCACCCGGAUGGAGAACGGGUGUUUCCGGGAGGUGGGGAAAGUCUUCAGCUCCUACAUGAUGGGCGGGCUGGGGAAGGUGGACGGCGAGGAUGAUACUGCCCUCACAGCCUUCGUCGUUGUGGCGUUGUUGGAGGCCCGCGUGCCCCGUGAUGACCCUGUGUUGAUGGCCGCCCUCAGGUGCCUGUCGCUGCAGCCCCGGGACGAGAUGGACACCUACACUCUGACCCUCACUGCCUACGCCCAGACUCUGAAUGAUCCCACCAGCCAGGCAUCGGACGCAGUUAUGACGGAACUCGACGCAAGGGUCAUCUCUAACGGAGAGCUGGGCUACUGGGGACGAGGUGGCUCCAUGCCAGAUGCUGUCAACACGUGGCACUACAGAACAGCACCGUCAGCAGAAAUCGAGAUGACGUCAUAUGGCCUGAUGGCAACGUUGUUGUACUACCAGGACGGGGGCUUAGCUAAAGGGCAACCGAUGAUUAUGUGGCUGUCGCAGCAGAGAAACUCCCUUGGAGGAUUCGCAUCUACACAGGAUACCGUCCUUGGCCUUCAGGCUAUGGCCGAGUUCGCCAGCAAGACGUUCACUGGCAACGCCACUGACCUUAGCGUGACCUUCACCGGCAACAAGAUGAGCCAGACAUAUGACAUCACCACGGGGGUGAACACACUGCUGCUCCAGAGGGCUCCCAUCAUGCAUCUGCCCAACACACUCUCAGUCUCAACUAACGGUACAGGGUGUGCCUUGAUACAGGCUAAUGUACAGUUUAACAAACUGCCCGAGAAUCUGGGGAUCAACAAACCUCUAUUUAACCUCACUGUCGCCGUCAGAAGGUCAAGGACAAAGAGAAGUGAUUGUGCCAGACGAUCAAUCAGGAUAUGUGUCAGUUUUAUGGGUAAGAAGGACUUCAGCGCCGGGAUGAGCAUGUUGACAGUGAAAAUGGUGACGGCUUGGACCCCAGUCCUCAACUCUUUGAAAGAGCUUGAGAGUGUUUUCCCUAUAUUGAGUAUGAAGAAAUACGAAAAUGACGUCAAAAAGGGUUUAAUAGCAUUUUAUUUUGAUGAGCUUGACGUUAGAAAACGUUGUUUCGAGUUCGAACUUGAACAAGACCGUGACGUGGCUGUGUCGGACCCCAAGCCAGCAGAAAUACAAGCCUACCAGUAUUACGAAAAAGAUGUUACGAUAGUUAAAUCCUACGAGAUUAACACAACAUGUGGAACUAAAGCUGAAAUCCCCGAUGAAACAACGGCGCCUCCUCUGUUGCCAGGGUCACCGAUAGAGAUUCAGAACAGAAUAGGAAGCGUGAACGACAUGCCACCUCUUCCAUCGCAGAAGAUGCAGGAGACGACGGGCUGCCCUGCUUGUAUUAACGAGAAACCAGAAGAUUUUGAUCAAUUAAUUUGUCAGUCAAGAGCAAUUUAUAAAGUUCAAGCAGGUCGAAAUGGUAGAGCUUCCAUGAAAAUCAAAGCUGAUCUCAGAACUAGACGAAAGAAAAAAAUAGACAAAUUUGCAAGUUUCACUUUGGGGUCAGAGUGCCAGUGUGACCUUCUCAACCCUCCGAAUGAAAAGAAAAGAGUGCGCCGUCUGUUGAUUCUGUCCAACCGGGAGCAGUCAUUGGUGCAGAGUGUCGAUCCAGGGAGUGUUGGUCACGUGAUUCACCUGGGCUCCAGUACCAUUAUUAUUAACCUGGACCGGAACCGGAAACUGGAGAAAGAGACCCGGAAGAAGGCCCGAAGUUGCAAUCGCAGAUCGUAGAAACUAAAUCAUCCCUGCUUUAUACAUAACAUUGUUGGUUGAAUGUCCGGGAUGUCCGCUUUGUAAGUCAGCUGCUAUCUAUUGAAGAUUAUCACCAGUGUGCAUUGAUGCUGUGCAUCUUCUUUGGGUAGUGAAGGGAUGGUUUAAGAACUAAGUCACCAUCAUCUUUAACCCAAUCCUGAAUCUGGACAAUGUCUAACAGCAAACAGACAUUUAUAGCAUUUGAACAGGUAAAUCGCAAAAGUUAAGAAUUCAGACGUUCUGUCUUAAUAAACAAAAACAGAUCAUGUUCUUAUUUUCCUAUAUUGUAAGACUGGAAUGUAUUGUGUGCAGUUUCUUGUGUGAUAUCUUAGGUGAUCAUUGAAAUCAGAAAACUUCAUCAUUCACAAAGUGAUCUUUAGUUCCAUGGAUCUUCAAAGCAAGAAAACAUUAUAUCGUUUAACUUACAUCAAUUUAGUAAUUUUGAUAUCUGUCUGAUCUGCUUCAGCAAAUAGAUAACAGCUUUUCCUUUGCCAGCAUAAAAGAUCUUAUGAAAAUGUAAUCCUGCCAUAUUUGAAUUUUAGGGCAUUGUUGAAAUACUUAUUAUCAUCAAAUAUUAUUAAUAUUCACAUAAAUUGUAGAUUUGGUGAUGAGAAGUCAUUGUUGAUAUGACAGAAAUUACAGUUUGUGUUUUAAUUUGAAUUUACAUUCAUACUCUUAUUCCAAAAUACCAUUCCAUUUCAUCUACCACCUCCUUGUACAUAGACUGUUUGAUCUUUUUGACUCUAGUUUAGUGGCCAGUAGUUGAAUUGUUAUCGUUGUUUGGUAUUACAUGUAUCUUAUAUUCAUAGUAAAAAUAUAGUUAUGUGAUUAUGACGUAUGUAUAUAAUAUAUUAUUAGUACACAACAUAUAAUGGUGCAGUCCUUGCAUUGUUCACCUUGCAUACAUCGAGUUAUUUGUACUUUUCUAUUAUUUCGUUGCACUAUGUUGGUCGAGCUUAAAUUUGAAUUUGAAAAGUUUUGACAGUUUGGAGAGAUGUAACCAUGGUAACCUAAUGUCAACACUAUGUGUACCUGUCAUUCAAAUUAAUGAAAAUAGGACUCAUAUUGACUUUAUGAAAAAGAGCUACAUUUAUCAAAGCUGAUCACUGGUUGAAUGACUAGAAUCUCUGAGUGAAUGAGUUAACUUGGUGAACCAGAGCAUCAUCUGAAAAAAUAUCAAUAACUAUAUUUAAAGGAUGAUUUGUUUCUCUUCGAAACACGGAAGAUACUGUGCUGACUGAGAGAUGUUUCUUCUCGUACCUGGCAAUGUGGUGGACAGCAGUGAUCAGGUUUGAUACAAAGAUAAUACCAAACACACCUGGUUGUUUUACAUGUAUUACCUUCAGUGUCUCCAUACAUGAAAUAAACAAAUAUUAUUCCA